AUGCACGAUGAAAUAGUUGAAAAUUAUGGAUUGGAGACUACAAGGACACAACUGUACAGAGGAAAGAGGAAAACCAUGGAGGCAAUUGAGGGUAAUCAUGCAAAGGCUUACACCAAACUUCUAAUGUAUGUUGCAAAAGUGUUGAGGACCAAUCCUGCCAUACAACAUGGCUUUAAAGAAGGUUGCAAACCUUUCAUAGCUGUGGAUGGGUGUCAUUUGAAGGGACCAUUUGGGGGCAUAUUGUCAGCCGCAGUUGGUCUUGAUGGAAAUAAUGGUCUUUAUCCUGUUGCAAUUGCUGUGGAGGAGAGUGAAUGUAAGGAUAAUUGGGCCUUUUUCCUUUACCACUUGAACACCAUUUUUGGUAAUGGCCUCCAAAACAUGUCAUUGACAAUCAUGUCUGAUGGUCAAAAGAGCAUUGAGUUAGCCAUGAGACAAAUGUUGGAGUUAUCUUCUGAAGCACAUAUCUGGCUUUCUAAAUUUCUAGUUAAAAUAUGGGCAAGACACACAUUUGAUCAUAGGGUGAAGAGUGAACAUGUUACUAGCAACAUGGUGGAGUCAUUUAAUAAUUGGAUUGGUAAUGUUAGGGGUAAACCUAUCUUGACAUUGUUGGAAAAUAUCAAAUUGAAACUGAUGAACAAGUUACAUAAGAGGUUUGAAGAGGCAACUUCAUGGCAAUCUUUGGUAACCCCUAACAUUAAGAAGAAAUUGGAUGAAGUGGUUCUUCAGUCUAGGCUUUGUAAAGUGACUUUUGCAAGACAAAAGGAGUAUUAA